UCUAUUCGACCAGCCAAGCACGUUGCGCACGCCGACUAAAGCAUCAACACUAUCGCCAAUUGAUAUCCCACGUAGCUGUUGUACCGGAUGGACGGAUGAUUUGAAGCCGACUGGCGAACUUUGACGGUCAUUCCGCCUUACAGCUCAUACGGUUGUCGAGUACAUGUUGUUCGGUCCUGAUUGCAGCAGCAGUGAACAGCCCAACCACUGAUAGCCACUUCGAGUAUCCAUGCCUGAAGACCACCUGUAUGUGACGGCAACCGUCGCCAAUCGAUGAGCUUCUCGUCAACGUCAAGUUCCCGGGCUCCUGCAAGCGUCACUGGCGUUCAAUCGCAGCCGUACGGGUUGCCUGUAUGAUUCUGGACGACGGCGAAGAGCUCAUCUUUACGAACGAGGCUCUUGUACAGCCAGCCUCUGACCCUCAAGCUGAUCCUCUUGUCGGUUCGCCCUCGGAACAGAGCGACCGUUCAAUUCCGCGCGAACGAGACCCCGGGCAGGCCGUGAUUGUUGCCGGUCUGAGCUCGAAUUGUCCCGAUCUUGUGCGAAUUCAUACAGAUAUAUACCACGAUUUGCCAGAAAGUGCGACCGGUUACGGUUCGACCGAUAGUGAGCCUAUGGACAGCGUGCAUCCUAUGAGGGCCGCUAAACCUCAAGGUGAUUUUACGACAAUGACGACAGCGAGCAACGGAGCGUCUGGAGAGCGUUACGAUAGCGCGGACGCCCAGCUGGCUGCGAGGGCUUUACAGGUAGCCAAAGCUGCGUCUUCUGACCGCCCUGAGACUCACAUCAAGCCACCGCCUUCGACCUUGAGAGUCGACUCAGCUCAAGAAACCGUAGAGGAGACGAUAUCGCAAGAUGCAGACUCGCAACCAAGGGUACGAUCUCCACUCAGACUGCAAACGGCUCCAGUUCCAGAACCACCCGCAUCUAUAUUGCCAACUAAUUCGGACUCUUUGGCGACAUCACCCAAUCUCAGUAAGCACGUAAUUGCUCUCUCGCACGAAGAUCGAGACACGCUACCCGUUGUGCAGCGUAGUAGGUCAAUGCAUGACAGCGAGCAGACCUUGUCUCCUACCAAAUUGCCAUCUUUUCAGCAGUUUACUGGUCAGCUCAACCAACUUGCCGAAGCCGCUGCGAGUCAAGAGCUGCGCGCACAGACUUCCCAUCACCAGCAUUCGAAUUCUGUAGGAUCGAUGGCUGGCGAGUCGCCACGGCUGCACUACCAUCAUUCCCAAGGUAGCGCACAGACAUCACCCGUGAACCAAUAUGCCUACAACCCUCGGUCACCAACGAGCACCAUCAGCGAUUUCGCCGCCGGCACGUAUGGAUCACCAACACAACAGCGUCCACUGCAAGCGUACUUUGCCCAACGCAGAAGAUCGUCCGUUGUCGACAGUCGAAACCACAGCUUCCCGCCAGUAUCGCUACCAUCAGUAUCGUCUUCUGGCGAAAGCCAAGGGCAUGCAACUUCGAGUGGUGAUGGCUACAGCACCAGUCACACUACGCCGAUAGAGCAUGGAACGUCACUAGAGAGUACGCCCCGGCCUGUGCCAAUACUUCCACCUCCCCCUGGCAUGCCGAUGAGCGCUGUCGUCAUCAAUCCAGGCUUUAACUGUGACUAUCCCGGCUGCAACGCUGCGCCAUUCCAGACUCAGUAUCUUCUAACUUCGCACAAGAAUGUCCACAGCUCAGAACGCCCGCACUACUGUCCGAGAGCAGGUUGUCCACGUGGAGAAGGCGGCAAAGGCUUCAAGCGGAAGAACGAGAUGCUACGCCACGAGCUUGUGCACAACAGCCCCGGCUAUGUGUGCCCUUUCUGUCAAGACAAGGAACAUCGGUAUCCGAGACCAGACAACUUACAAAGGCAUGUGAGAGUCCACCAUAUGGACAAGGACAAGGAAGAUCCUGCUCUGCGUGAAGUUUUGUCACAGCGUUUGGAAGGAAUUGGCAAGCAACGUAGGCGCAGGACGGUGCAAUAACCGAGUUUGGGCGGCUCUGUGCCUGCAGCUUCAAGAUUUGUGGACGAUGCUGUUAGCAACGAAGCCGCGCGGUGUAUCGAUGCAUUCUGUGGCUUUCCGAUGACGAGGGGAAUGGCGUUUUCUGGCGAAAUGGUGCGGUU